CUGGAGAGGGUGAAGACACCUGGAUCGCAGUGUUGGGAGUUAGUCAUCAGCGUGGAAUUGAUUCUUAGGAAGUCAUCUUAUUUGCAGGACAGCUGGAGGAGCUCGACGGGGCCGUACGACCAAAACUCCUUGUCUUGUCUUGAGGGAGGCUUUCCCCGCUGCUCGCCGCCCUUCGUGCUGGAGCUCACAGGCCCCAUCAGCGCUUGCUUGCAGAGCUGUUGGUGCAAGUGCCUCUAACCGUCAUGGGGGAUGCCGGCAUGGAACUGAACAUGUCCCCUCCCGACAGCGCUGCACAGCAAGACUCUCUCUUCAGCAUGACGGACGUGUUUCUCAUCUCGCUCAUCACCGGGCUUUUUACUUACUGGUUCUUCUUCCGCAAGAAAAAAGAGGAAGUUCCAGAUAUCCCCAAAAUGCAAUCAAUAGCAACUCCAGUGAGAGACAGCAGCUUCAUUGAGAAGAUGAAGAAGACGGGGCGAAACAUAGUGGUUUUCUACGGUUCCCAGACAGGUACAGCAGAGGAGUUUGCCAAUCGUCUCUCCAAAGAUGCUCAUCGCUACGGCCUCCGGGGCAUGGCAGCGGAUCCAGAGGAGUAUGACUUGUCGGACCUGAGUCGCCUCUCUGAGAUCGACAAGUCCUUAGCUGUGUUCUGCAUGGCCACUUACGGCGAGGGUGAUCCCACGGACAAUGCCCAAGACUUCUACGACUGGCUGCAGGAGGCCGACGCUGACUUGUCGGGUCUCCGAUUUGCAGUCUUUGGGCUGGGGAACAAGACUUAUGAGCACUUCAAUGCCAUGGGAAAGUAUGUGGACAAGAGGCUGGAGGAGCUUGGAGCCCAACGCAUCUUUGAACUUGGGCUAGGAGAUGACGAUGGCAACUUGGAAGAAGACUUCAUCACCUGGAGAGAGCAGUUCUGGCCUGCGGUGUGUGAGCACUUUGGGGUGGAGGCUACAGGAGAAGAGUCCAGCAUCCGCCAGUAUGAGCUGGUGGUGCACACGGAUGUGAACGUGAACAAAGUCUACACCGGUGAGAUGGGUCGUCUCAAGAGCUACGAGAACCAGAAGCCACCGUUUGAUGCCAAGAACCCCUUCCUGGCCCAGGUUACAGAGAACCGCAAGCUGAACGAGGGUGGAGAGCGACACCUUAUGCACCUGGAGCUGGAUAUCUCCAAUUCCAAAAUCAGGUACGAGUCUGGGGACCAUGUGGCAGUGUACCCAGCCAACGACUCUUCUCUGGUGAAUCAGAUUGGUGAGAUCCUGGGCAUGGAUCUGGACACAAUCAUGUCCCUAAACAAUUUGGACGAGGAAUCCAAUAAGAAACAUCCCUUCCCCUGCCCCACGUCCUACCGUACAGCCCUGACGUACUACCUGGACAUCACCAACCCGCCCCGCACCAAUGUCCUCUAUGAGCUGGCCCAGUACGCCACGGACACCGGCGAGCAGGAGCGCCUCCGCAAAAUGGCAUCGUCUGCUGCUGAGGGGAAGGCUCUCUACCUCAGCUGGGUGGUGGAGGCCCGGAGGAACAUCCUGGCCAUCCUGCAGGACAUGCCCUCGCUGCGGCCCCCCAUCGACCACUUGUGUGAGCUCCUGCCCCGCCUGCAGGCCCGCUACUACUCCAUUGCCUCCUCCUCCAAGGUUCACCCCAACACCAUCCACAUCUGUGCCGUCACGGUGGAGUACGAGACCAAGACGGGACGCCUGAACAAAGGGGUGGCCACCAACUGGCUCAAGAACAAGGUGCCCGAUGAGAACGGGAGCAACUCUCUGGUGCCCAUGUACGUCAGGAAGUCGCAGUUUCGCCUGCCCUUCAAACCCAGCACGCCCGUCAUCAUGAUUGGACCGGGAACUGGCAUAGCCCCCUUCAUCGGCUUCAUUCAGGAGCGGGCCUGGCUGAAGCAGCAAGGCAAAGAGGUUUAUGUUCAGCACUUACUGAAGAAGAACAAGGAAAACGUCUGGAAGCUGGUUAAUGAGGGGAAUGCUCAUAUCUACGUGUGCGGCGAUGCUCGCAACAUGGCCCGGGAUGUGCAGAACACCUUCUACGAGAUCGUGGCUGAGUUCGGGAACAUGAGCCAGCCCCAGGCCGUGGACUAUGUAAAGAAACUGAUGACGAAGGGCCGGUACUCUUUGGACGUCUGGAGCUAAGAGCGGGGCUGGCGGGGCCGGGGAGAGAACAGGUCCCCAGGCAUGGGCCCGUGGGAGGUGGAAAGCCUGCUCGCCCACUGCUGCUGUGGGUGACGGCGUCGUCCCCAGCCCACAGCUACCCCAGUGUCACUCCCAACCCCUCCUGGGCCACAGCAGCCCCCCAGGGCGGGCUGUGUGCCCUGGGGGGUGGAAGGGGUUGAGAGGGGGAGGGGGGUAGCUCAGGCUGUUGUCCGGGAGCUGCGGUGCCCCCGGCACCACCUCGUGGCACCAGCCAUGAGGUCAGGGACACAGCUGAUGUGGGGCAGGAGGGACGGACGGUGCCGGGGGAGCUCGGGCUCCUUCCCUGAACACGAGGUGUUGCCUUAUCCCCUGGGGCUGGAGACCACCCUGGCCUGCCGGCACGGGCAGCCUGGGGACGGCAGAGGGGUGGAGGAGCCGGCAGCCCCCUGCGCUGCGGGUUUGGUGCGAGGGCACGGCGUGGGGCAGCGAUCUGUCCUCGCCUCCCUCCCACCCUGUUUGGCCAUUUCUAGGAUGCAGGGCUGGCAGCCGGCCCUGGGCACAGAGCUGCCCCACAGGCACCCCCCUUCUUUCCCCCCGCUGCCCGCCUUCGCUCCAGCACACAGCGGGGAGGGGAUGGCUCCUCUCCCCUCUGGAAGAGACCUGGUCUUGGGGGGUCUCAGUCCGCAGGGGCCCUGCUUGCUCCCUGGGGUCCUGCAAUGGGCAGCUCCCCUGUGCCCAGCCCCUCCCUCAUGCUGUGUACGGUCAUUUUUUAAAUACUGUUUUUAUUUUAACAUCUUUGUGAUUUAAUCAUGGAAAAAAAAAAAACCAACAACCUU